AUGUUAGAAGAAAAUUAUACUGGCCUCUAUUCUGCUGCUUCUAUUAUUGAAAGUGAAACCAAAGAAUUUAAAAAAUUAAUUCAGAUAGAUCCGAUAAGUCCUUAUCAGCAGUCGCUUUGUGAAUUUACAAAAGAUACAAUUAAUUUCGGUCUGGAAAUUAGCAAAAUACCGUCGAUUUUUAAUUUUUUAAUGGCUCUUAUAACACAUAUAACUGUUCAACCGAGUACUAGUUAUGAAUGGAGCUAUCUUUACGAGAUUGUUUUAUCCACACUAGGUGGAGAAGGAAGUUUAAGAAAUGAAAGAGAUUUUUUUGUCAACGUGGAGGAGAAAGGAUUUUUUAGUUUGUCUUGGACACUUGUAAAAAAUGUUUUCUAUUAUUUAUUGACAAAGUUCUUUAAUAUUCAAGAAGCAAAAGUCUUAUACAGAAAACUACUUUGUGAAUAUCAGUUUAAGUUAUUAGUGGGUACUUUUGAAGAAUAUCGAAAGUUAGACGUGAGAGACAGAGUAAAUCGACUAAAACAUCAAUUUUUACUCCAUGAAAUGUGCAACAAAGUUGCAUAUGAUGUUAUAAAUGAGCAGGAAAUUAAAAAAGAAAUGAUAACAAAUUAUCUAUUCUAUGUUCAACAAAGAAUCGAAAAUAGUAAUCUAGAAUUAUAUAAAGAAGAUAAAAAGGAAAAAUUUAUUAAAAAGAUAUCAUUUCGUCACAAUAAUUUUCAAGAACUUUUAUCUAAAGAUUUAAAAGGAUUAAAGUUUAUUCAAGAAAAUGCUAGUAAUUUUUAUGCAAAAACAGCUGAAAUACAUCCAAGAUAUUGUGCUUUAUUGCAAUUGUAUCGAAAUUCAAUGACCGUAUUGGAACAAGUAAGAGACAAUAUUAAUUUCGACGAUGGUUAUCGUGUGGAUCGUGUUAUUGAUCGUACGUUCAUCGAUUUAGUUCAACUACGCAUUGAACAAAUGUUUUAUUCAAACUUAAAUGACAAGAAUAUGCUGAUUUUAUAUAUUGAAAAAUCAACCUGUGUCGAUGUCUGGUUGUGGUACGAAUAUUUAUUUAGUACAUCACUCACAUUAUUUAAUUUGGAUGAGGAUAAAAUCAAUCAAUUUCUAAUAGAAAAACAAUGUGUUCAAAACGAAAAAAUAAUAGAAGGAAUACAAGAAAAAUUAAUAUUAUUAGUUCCGCAUAAUUUAUUUACAAAAGCAAUAUCGACGAAUAAAGAUCCAUCAACCAAUAAAAACGGUCCAUUUCACAAUAAUCAUCAUCUGGCUGAUGCGGCGUUGGAUAAAUUAAUUGCCGACGGCUUCAUACGACAAGACAGCUGGUUGAUGAAUGCACAUAAAAAAACAAGAAUAUCCUAUAUGAAAACAAUUGUACCGCAAAGUCAAGCAGAACGUGAUAAUUUUGAACAAAAUUUAAAAAAGUACAAUGUUGCAUUGCAACAAUAUGAAUCAGUCUAUGAAACAUCGUCGAAACCAGCAACAACUUUAUUGCCGCCAGUAGCUCGUUCUUUUUUUGGUCGUCAUUCCGAGUAUGUUAGUGAAUUGCAUAAAUAUGAAAGUGAGUUGAAUACUGAAAUAGAAGAACUCUUGAGUAAUAAUGAAAUUGAAGAAACAAAUGUAAACGGUGAAAAAAGGUAUAUAUUGAAGGCGUCAACGUCGGUUUUCAAUGUAGCAGCACCAGCCAUAUUAUCAUUGUCGAUGUGUAACAGUGAUAUCAAUCAUGAUCCAGCACGAACCGGUAAAUCGGAUUUACUUCACAAAUAUUUACGUUUAACCAGACUAUUAUUAGCUGAGAAUGUUCUGACAACCUUGAGCAGUGCCCGGUUUUCAAAUGAAACAUGGGCAAUAGCCAUGUUCAUAUCGAUGAUCAAGUGUUAUUUUUGUGUUAUAGAUCCAGAAUCAUCGUUGUGCAUAUCUGUGGCUGAAUUUCUCUCAACAUCAGCAUCAACAAUGAAUGCUGCUGACUCUAAUGUUACGAUAAGACUGGAUCAAGCUUUAUCAUCGGUUUUGCCUACGACGCAAUCAUUAUCCACAAUUACUAUCGGCAAUAAUGCUCCUGUAGUAGAACCAGGAGUCAUUGCACGAGAAAUACGACCGGCUGCCGCAAAAGCAUGCUCAAUCAACAUCUGA